UUUCUCAAAAUUGAAUUUUCAUCCUAAAGUAUUCCCACUCGUAGGCGCAGUUACUAACAACAUUCAGCCAUGAAAAGCCUCUUAUCUUGAAAACAUUGGGGGUCAAAUUUCGAAACAAACAAAAUAAUAAUAUGAAUCCUUGGUACGUAGAAGUUCGAGUAGAAAAAUUGGACUAAAAAUCAUUAAUACGAUAAAAAUUAACACCGAUGCAAAAAACCGUUUUGCCUUAAAACGAAAUACUCGAAACUAGGUAGGUACAUACAUACAUUUAUGUAGAUAGGCAUUUUCGCGUCAAACUUUGAACAUGAUUGACCCAAUAACUCGCGUUGAACAAGGGAAAAUUCAAGGUAAAAGAGAAACGUCUUCGAUUUUUAAUUCCGAAUACUAUUCUUUUUAUAACAUUCCUUAUGCUCAACCACCUGUGGGCGAAUUAAGAUUCAAAGAUCCAGUUAAAGUCCAAUCAUGGAAAGGCAUUCGAAACGCAACUAAACCACAAGAUCAUUGCAUGUGUACACAAUUUUCAUUCCUUCGUCAUGAAAUCGUAGGAUCUGAAGACUGCUUAUACAUCAAUAUUUUUACGCCACAGCUGCCUCAGCCAGAUGAACCUUUGCGAGCAGUGGUUGUAUUUAUCCAUCCAGGAGGUCAAACAUGGGGUUCAAUACAUCCGGACGAUCACGGUUCGCCUGAAUUCUUGAUGCAUCACGACAUAGUAUACGUUACCGUAAGCUACAGGUUGAAUAUUUUUGGAUUCUUGAACCUCAAGUUAGAAGAAUGUUCUGGUAAUCAAGGACUGAAGGAUAUAAUAAUGGCUUUCCGAUGGAUACAUAACAAUAUUCACGCAUUUAACGGCGAUGCUUCAAAUAUAACAGCUAUUGGAAGCAGCAGCGGAGCUGUGCUAGUUCAUUUAUUACUUUUAUCACCCGCAGUCAAAGGUUUGUUCCAUAAAGCCAUCUUAAUGGGCCAGUACAUGUUCAAUUGCUUAGUUCCUUAUUGCGAAGAUCAACUCGCCAGAGCGUUUCAAUUCGCUCGAUUUUUAGGCCAUAAAAGAAACGAACCCGAUCCGAAAAAAUUACUAAUGUUUUUCAGAAGAAAAUCCGCCGAAGAACUCGUCAAGAAAAUGAAAAUGUUUGAUGCCGAAAUCGAAGAGAAUAAUCCUACCAUUAAAUCAUAUCCAGGAGGGCCUUUCAAAGAGUCGCUCGAUUUACAUAUAAUACCAGUUUCUCCUCGAAAGUUGAUAAAUUCCACCGAAAAAAUUCCGAUUAUAUUCGGUAUCUGUGAGAAUGAAGCAGUACGAGGAUUUAUGGAUCAUGAAAGAAGUAAACCUAAGUUUGAAGAAAUCUUCAACGAUUCGUAUCGCCAAAGUAUAUGGGGGUGGCCGCAUAGCCUCACAGAUGAACAGCUACGCCAUCUUAAUAAUGAAAUACACUCUUUUUACGAGUACAAAAAACCUUCAUCCGACGAUGCAGCCAGUGUACGUAAAAAAAUUGACAUCUUGAGUGAUGCUGCUUUUUCUGAAGUUUAUGAUACAUUAAUUGAUCCAAUUUCGCUUAAUCACUCAGUAUAUGUUUAUAAGUUUCAAUACGACGGUAAAAUAAGCAUGUUCAAAAAACUAGUUUCAGUAUUGGUAAAACCCGAGAUAAAAGGAACAUUUCACUGUGACGACGUUAGUUAUUGGGCCAAACAAACCGAACCACAAGAACAAAAAACACGAAGAGUUAUCAACGCAUUUACCAAAAUGCUGUGUACUUUUGCUAAGACAGGGGAUCCCAAUUAUGAGAAUAUUGAAACGCAAUGGAGACGAACGACGACGGAUAGACCGUGUUAUUUGAGCAUCGACGAGAAAUUAACAUUAAUUAAUGGAAAACUAAACGGUGAAAGAUUUGAGUUUUGGGACAAAAUGAAACGAAAAUUUCCCACAUUUCACAAAAUGUCAGACAAAAUAAUUGUAACCGUAAACGAAGGAAAAAUUAAAGGAAUUAAAAAAACAUCGUCAUUUUCUGGCACUGAAUAUUUCUCUUUUCUUGGUGUACCUUAUGGGCAGGCUCCAGAAGGCCAACUGCGAUUCAAAGAUCCUGUGAAAGUGAGACCGUGGAAAAAUAUUAUUUUAGAUGCAACAACUGAAAAACAAGGGUGUCGACAGUUCUGCAUAUUCAAAAGAGAACUCGCCGGAUCGGAAGAUUGCUUAUAUAACAAUAUUCAUACAACAAAGUUACCAUCGAAAGGAGAUCCACUAAAGCCGGUCAUUGUCGACAUUCACCCAGGCGGAUUAACAUUCGGUUCUCCAGAUCCAGAUAUAUAUGGAUCGCCGGAUUUUCUUAUGCAUCAUGACGUAGUUUUCGUCACCGUUUGCUUUCGAUUGCAUAUAUUAGGUUUUCUGGAUCUCGGCUUAAAGGAGUGCUCCGGGAAUCAAGGACUGAAAGAUAUCAUAUUGAGUCUGCAAUGGAUAAAAAAUAAUAUAAAAGCUUUUGGUGGCGAUCCUGAUAACAUAACCCUGUUGGGAAGUAGUAGUGGAUCGUCACUAGUUCAUUGUCUGAUGCUUUCACCAAAAACUGAAGGUUUAUUCCACAAAGCAGUAUUAAUGGGCAUGUAUGUCACAAAUCCUGUCCUCAUUAUUCCGCAAGAGAACGCCUCAAUGGCUUUCGAAUUGGCAAAAUCGGUAGAUUACGAAGGAAAUGACAAAAACGAAAGGAGAAAAUUAUUAGCGUACUAUAAACAAAUGCCGGUGGAUACCAUCAUAUCAUUGAGACCUGAUUCUGUCUUUCAGAAACAAAACAACAACGCUCCGAUAUUUCCGGCUUCUUUGUUCACGCACAUGUUUGAGCAAGGAGGAAACUCGAUCCUACCUCAAUCUCUCAAAGACAUGACACCAUCGAUGACCAGAGUACCCCUCAUCGUUGGAUUCUGCGAUAAAGAAGCUGCGAUGGCAUUUUUUCCUAGAUUCAAAAAUGUGAUGAAGAAGAAUUUUUAUUCGACUGUACGACAAAAUCCUUGGGGCUGGGGAUCUCACUUGAAAGAUGACGAAUUAAAACAGAUGCAAAAACAAAUUGAAACGUUCUACUUCGAAGGAAAGUCGGUAGAGGACGCAUCACUUAUGACAAAAAUCAACAUUCAAACUGAUAUUUCAUUAUCCGACAUAUACGACUCGGUCAUUAACGUCGUAGCAUCAGACCUGCCAAACUCAGUGUACGUUUAUAAAUUUGAUUUUGAAGGUAAUAUGGGUACAAUGAAAGAUAGAAUUUUGGAAGUGGUCGACGAACCGUUAGAAGGAACUGUUCACGGCUGCGAUUACAGUUAUUUCGCUUUCAUGAAAGAAUACACCAGUAGAAAGAAGCCAAUUUUGACCCAAAGAAGUAAAGGAAUGAUCGAAAUAUUCACGAAACUAAUCUGCACUUUUGCCAAAACAGGGGAUCCGAAUUACGAAAACUUAAGUGUACAAUGGAAUCCAACAACGAUAGAGAAUCCGUGUUAUUUGAGUAUAAAUGAACAAAUGAAAUUGCACGAUGGUAAAUUGAAUGGAGAACGUACGGAAUUCUGGCAAAACCUGAAGAAUCAGUUUACUAAAAGUUGAUGGUAUGCAGGCAGAAUUAUUGUAGAAAAAUCUGUAUCAAGUUUUUAAAAAUAAAUAACAUUUGGUAAAA